AUGCCUGUGAGGGGGAAAGUGAGGCGCAUCGGCGAUGCGAAGACUGAUUUUGAGCGUGCCCACAAUGAUGUGCUCACAGAAGACACGCCACAGGUAGAAGUCAACACCGGAUCUACGCGCCAACUCCACCCGUCUGAACUAGAGCAAGCGAUGCAUGCACGUACUACUGGCAUAAAAGAAUGUGUAGAUGCAUCUAGAACGGGGCUUAGGUCUGAGGUAUCCGACACGAGAUGGGCAUUGACCAUGGUGGCGACCACCGAGCCAACCCGAUUCUUUGUGGGCGACAUAUGGGCAAAGGACGAUCGCGUAAUCAAUUCAAUGUUUGAAGGCAAGGCGAACCGACACAUGGCCACACGCUCACAAACAGAACUAAGACUGUCCAGACAAACCACCGGCUCCUUGUGGACUGCUGGUAUCUCGACCAUCAUGGCACCAUCGCACACAGG